GCGCAAGGAAACCUCUCAUGGGUGUGGUGACAGCAGAUGCUCUCGAGGUGGAUCUCCUGAGUCGUGUUAUGGCUUAUCUAGACCUGCCCUCCCUCGCCGACCUCUCGACCUUGAAUCGCCACUUUGCCGCUGCGGUCUCCCGCCGUUUACAGACUAUAGAUUCGCCAUCGGUUCUCCGAGCUAUCGCAGGACAGCCAUCGGUCUCAGCUAAGGUCACGAAUUGCACUCUGCACUUCUGUCAAGAUGACUUUUCCUCUAUCCUAUCCGAGAUGAGGCUUGACAGCUUGAAGCACUUGGAUUUGAGUGCUUGCCAGUGGCUGGACGAUGCUUGCGUAACCGCCUUGGCUCACCACACAGGGAGUCUAGAAUACUUAGAUCUGUACUGGUCUGCGGCCAUCAAGUCGGACAUGGCGCUGUGCCACUUGAUCCGUGCCAACAGAGGCAUCCGUUACCUCUCCCUCUCGGGGGUCAAGGCUACCACUGACCGAGUUGUUAUGGCGGCUUGUGCACAGCCUGGCCGAGCUAUGCUGGAGACACUCGACCUUACCAGAUGUCCGCGGAUCAGUGAUGCCUCUCUCAUGGCGAUAGGAGAAUCGUACGGUGACUCACUGAAGACGCUCCGUCUCUAUGCCACGGCACAGCUCACGGAUGAUGGAUAUUCAGCUUUGAAGAAUCUUAAGUGUUUGGAGGUUUUAGAUCUGUGUGGUCAUGUCAACCUGUCAAGCAGAGUAGCACGAGAGAUCCUCCAGCAGAUGCCCAACCUAAGGCGCUUGAAUUUGACAUGGUGUAAACAGAUUGACGACUCAGUGCUGGAGACCAUAGGGAAAUGCAAUACGGGACUCCGAUGGCUCUCUGUGUUCGGCGCCAAAAACCUCACCAAACGAUCUCUGGAUGCUGUUUCCCUGCUUCGUCUCACUCACUGUGAUAUCAGAGGGAUUCCCAGCCUAUCAGAAUACACUCGCGAGGACUGCAAAGGUCUGAGAGAGUUGUUCCCGAGACUGCGGGAAUGGAUACUUUUCUCUUAG